ACGUGUUGCUGGCCACAUCCUUUCUUCGUUUCCUUCUUCUUCUUCUGCUUGCUGCAUGGGCUUGCUACUGUACGAUGCAGCACUCGGCCACUUCCAAACCCUGGCUUCUCUCCGUUGUUGAGAUCAUGAGACUUUGACCUACCUUCCUCAUCUCACAAUUUUGACUUCGAGCAACUUCCAACCAGAAGAAGCCCGACAGCCUACUUCCUUCCUUCUCUCGCCCUCUCCAAGUUUUCAACUUCGCUCCUUUCACCAUGUCUGAUUUCGAGAUUACCAAAGACGACCUCAACCGUCCUGGCUUGCCUGCCAACGAGUCCCUUGUCGAGGGUGCCGGAAAGGUUAAACUUGAUGAGCCCCAGAGCUGGGGACGCGGUAUCAUCAAUGAUCUCCGUCGCACCGUUGGAACUCACUGGUUCCAAGAGAUGACCAACUUUAACCAGAAGACUGUCGCUGUCUCCUGUUUGAUCUUCAUCUCUGUCAUCCCUCCUACCUUGGCUUUCGGAGCCAGUUACGGAAAGAUGAGUGGUCAGCGUGUUGGAGCCAUUGAAACCAUCCUUGCCACCUCCUGGGUUGGUGUUGCCUACUCCCUCAUUGGUGGUAUGCCAAUGUGUGUUAUUGGAUCUACUGGUCCUGCCUUGGCUCUUUCCACUGCUGUCAAGAACAUUGCUGAAGGUGCUGGUAUGGACUACCUUCCCUUCAAUGGAUGGGUCAGCAUCUGGUUGUUGGGAUACUGCUUCACCGCCGCCUUCUUCGAUUUGACCCGCUAUGUCAAGCUUGCCACCCGCUUUACCGAUGAAAUCUUUGCCCUCCUCAUUGUGGCUAUCUUCGUCAUGGAUGCCGUUGGUGAUCCGUUCAGCCCCUCUGGUAUCCUCCGAUACUUCCAAGAAGACCACAGAUCUCAUACUACCACUGAGAACGAAGAAAAUCCGGACUACGAAUACUUGACUGUUGCUCUUCUCAGUACCAUCCUCGGUUUCGGAACCACCUGGUUGAUCUUCUUCUUCCGUGGCUUCAAGUUCUCCCCAUUCUUCUGCAAUGAUGGUGUCCGUACCUCCAUCUCUGAUUUCUCUGUCACCAUGUCCGUCCUUACCUGGACUCUUGUCAAGGAACUUCUCUUUGCUGAUGUACCGACUGAGGGUCUUGCUGUGCCUGAUCAGUUCGAACCUUCCUUCAAGUGCUGUACCGAGGCUUGCGACACCUACUGGCCUGAUGAAUGUAUGGAUCAACCUGAGGCAUAUGGAACUCGUUCAUGGUUUGUCCCCCUCUUUGACGUUCCAGGAUGGGCCCCAUUCGCCGCUGCUGGACCUGCUGUCAUGGCCUUCCUUCUUUGCUACCUUGAUAACGGUAUCACUUGGCACUUGAUCAACCACAAGCACCACAGAUUGACUCACGGAGAAGCAUACAACUACGAUCUUAUGUUGAAUGGUUGCUUCAACUGUGUCAAUGGUUUGAUGGGACUUCCUUGGUUGGUUGCCACUACCGUUCCAUGCAUCAUCCACUUGAACUCUCUUGCUGACAAGGAUGCUCAAGGAAACUUCCUCAGUGUACAGGAGACUCGUUUGACCCUGUUCUUCUCCCAUGCCCUUCUUGGUUUGACAAUGCUUUUCUUGGGUCUCCUCAAGCUUCUUCCUCUUCCUGUCCUUUACGGAGUCUUCCUCUUCAUGGGUCUCUCCUCUCUUCCUGGAAUCCAGUUCUGGAACCGAUUCCUCCUCUUCUUCCAGCAACCCAGCCGAUACCCCGAGUCUGUCUUUGUCAAGUACAUGGAGAAGAACCGCAUCCACAAGUACACUGUUAUCCAAAUCUGCUUCUUCUGCGGUGUCUUUGUUGUGAUGAACAUCAAGGCCAUCUCUAUUGCCUUCCCCUUCAUGACCUUCCUCUGUAUCCCAUCUCGUCUCUUUUUCCUCCCAAAGUUCUUCUCUGGAUGGGAAUUGGCUUUGUUGGAUGGUGAAGAAGAUCAAAUCAACGAGUGGAUCCAGGCCAAGGCUGACUCUAUCCGUGGCUUCAAAAUGUCCUUUGUUGACAUUGAGGAUGAUUCCGAUGAUGACGACAAGUCUGCUGCCUACACUCCCAAUAUCAUUGCUGGUGACAUGCAACCCAUGCCCGUCGUCAACAAGGCUGAAAUCAGCGAUGACCUUUCGGUCUAAGCAAAAGAUAGCCUUGGCAUACGCUGACGAGCUUGACUCGUGGAUACCACAUCCGGGCAUGUCGCUCGAUUGGUUUGCCAAAGCAAUUCACAGUAGAAUCAAUGUUGCAUUUUUGAGGGUCGUCUUCGACUUGAACCCAAAAGAUGAUUCGAGAUACCAAGUCUGUACACAUCAACCACACAUCACAACACCUGAACAUACAAAAGCUAGAACGGAGGCGCCAUUGAAUAGCUCCAUAGUGCCCCUUAAAAACUAUAACUGCACCACACAUC